GGAGGGGGGUGAGGAAGCGGAGAGGGGACCGUGGGAGAAUUUUAGUUCCUGUGUUGGCAUUUUUAAAGUUGAAUUCACUUUCAGAAGCAGUUCCGCACCGUUCCGACCUCUACAAGUCUUGGAGGCAGUGGAUUUUUACUUUCCUUCUUCUUUAUCGCCGAUCAGCUGUACACAUAACCUCACUUUUUAACUGUGUAACUAGCGCCGGCUAUGUGUUUGUUAGUGUUGUGUUUACGUUAGUGAAAUGACUUCUCGUAAAUAGUUAUUUGUGGUUUUAUCAGUGUUGUUUUGUAGACUUAUUAUUCUGCCAUGCCUAUCAGUGAAGAUGAAAUCGAAUACGGAUACGGUUCCCACAACCCCCCGAUGCAUUCUGGAGGCAUGUCGAAAGCGGAACAAAGACGGAGCAACAAGCCCAUCAUGGAGAAGAGGCGCAGGGCUCGUAUCAACCACUGCCUGGACGAGCUGAAGUCACUCAUCUUGGACGCCAUGAACAAGGACCCGGCCAGGCACUCUAAGCUGGAGAAGGCUGACAUCCUGGAGAUGACAGUGAAGCAUCUGCAGACGAUACAGCGACAACAGCUCACGCUAGCUGUCAGUGCGGAUCCUACGGUGGUGCACAAGUUCCGCACAGGGUUUGCAGAAUGCUCUGCAGAGGUGGGGCGCUACAUCGGACGCAUGGAAGGGGUGGAGCCGGGCGUGAAGCAGAGACUAGCCUCGCACCUGAACAACUGUGUCAACGGUCUUCAUCAGAUCAGCCAGUACCCACUGCCCAACCCCUCGCAUCCUCAAGGCAACCCUGGAGAGGACGUCAAUAACAACACAGCCUCCGCCAGACUCCAGAUGUUGUCCGGACUCCAGCUGAUCCCCAGUCGUCUCCCCACUGGAGAACUCGCCCUGCUCCUGCCCAACUCGCAACAUCUUCCAUUUUUUCCAUCUGACAACCAAGUAUCUACCACGACCGAAUCUCCUAACGCCACGGUGACCAGCAACUCCAUAGAUCGCAGUCGUCACAGUGCUUUCACUGCCGUCGGAAAAGACAAGUUACCCUCGAAAUCCCCACUGCCGAGCCCUACAUCUACGACUGCUUCUAGUUUCGGAGAGGAGUCUUGUGAUCGUCCCUACCCGAGCCCUACUCAUCCUCCCGAAGUUACUUCGACUUCAGAGCAUCCGAGAACCCCACUGGAUUCUAAUCUCAUCGAUAAUCAGAAACUUCAAAAGACCACGGACCAUCAAAAUCUUUUACGCAUCACACCUUCUUAUUUUUCAAAUUUAAGAGAGGAUUCACAAAAUCAAAAUUUCCCCAGGUUUCCAACAGCAGCAAUCAAAGCAAUACAGACACCUUUGACUGUAAUUACCUCUGACGAAAUGUUGAAAGAACGGCCUCAAAGAUUCCUUGAUUCAAAUCCACUGGAGAAUACUUAUAAAGAUCCCCUUGACUUUUCUAAGAAGAAGGAUUCAUUUCCUGUUCCUUAUUCUUCUUCGCUGAAAAGACCCCACCAAGAGAUCACUUCUGAUAAACUGCUGAUAAAAUCAACAGAAUAUCAACCACCUCUAAAAGUGCCGAAAGUGUUCUCGGAUAAUCAUUACCAAACCAAUAAUGUUAUAGAGAGAAGAAGUUUAUUUGAAAUACAAAAUCAGAGUUCAAACUUGCAAGGAGAAAAUCCUUUCCAUAUAGGUCCAAACCCACCGCUGCAAGAAAGAGUGCAUACAACGGACAGUCAUAACCAACCUUCAACUUCAUCAACUGAAGUUUCCAGAGAUAUGUGGAGACCUUGGUGACCAUUUCUUAACACACCAUAUUUCAUAUUGUUUUGUAAAUAUAUUUUUGUAAAUAGCGUUUACAUAAAAUUUUAUUUAUUUUAUAUUUUAUUUGGUUCAAACUCUUCAACAACUCUGUCUUUGUGCCUUAAUAAUUUAGACAUAACGUUUUUAAAUAUAAUAUUUUAUAGAAA